UAGAGGGCGCAGUAACCGCGUAUUUUGAGAAACGGCAGGAGGAGAAUAAUUAAUACUAUUAAAGAUGUCUCUGGCCGACGAACUGUUAGCGGAUUUGGAAGAUGCAGGAGAUAAUGAUGACGAACAGUUUUUUCAUCAGGAUGCCAACAUCCAGGAAGUGGACGAUAUUGCCAUGGAACCCGAAAUUACUUUGAUGUCGGUUCGUGCCAUAGCAAAAUUAAGAGACAGCGAAGAAUUAGAAAAAAUAAUGAAAGCAAUAGAAGUUAGAAGUAAAAAUGAAAGAAUAGAUGAAGUAAUAGGUCCAGUCGAAGCAGAUCCUGAAUACCAGUUAAUUGUCGAAGCUAAUAAUUUAGCCGUGGAAAUAGAUAAUGAAGUCAAUAUUAUACAUAAAUUUACAAGAGAUAAAUAUUCAAAGAGAUUUCCAGAAUUAGAGUCCCUAGUUCCAGGUGCUCUUGAAUAUGUUUCAACAGUUAAGGAACUCGGUAACGAACUUGACAAAGCUAAAAAUAACGAAACACUUCUGCAGUUUUUGACUCCUGCCACUAUAAUGGUUGUAAGUGUAACAGCAUCGACAACACAAGGCCAGCUUCUAUCUGAUGAUGAACUGAAAAUUGUUUUUGAAGCUUGUGAAAUGGCAAUAGAAAUGAAUAAUUUUAAACAGCAAAUUUAUAAUUAUGUGGAGUCUCGGAUGUCCUUUAUUGCACCGAAUCUGUCUAUAAUAGUCGGAGCUUCGAUAGCUGCCAAAUUAAUGGGUGUUGCUGGUGGUUUAACUAAAUUAGCUAAAAUGCCCGCAUGUAACGUUCUAGUUCUUGGUUCGCAAAAAAAAACUCUAACAGGAUUUUCGACAACAGCCAUUAUGCCACAUACUGGAUUUGUAUACUAUUCUGAUAUUGUACAAAACACUCCUCCAGAUUUAAGAAGAAAAGCAGCAAGGUUGAUUGCUGCCAAAUGUACUCUGGCAGCCAGAGUUGACAGCUUUCAUGAAUCUGUCGACGGUCACAUCGGUCACAACUUACGAGAAGAGGUCGAAAGGAAACUUGACAAACUGCAAGAACCGCCACCCGUCAAGCAGGUGAAACCUCUUCCCGCUCCUAUUGAUCAGACCAGAAAGAAGAGAGGUGGAAGGAGGGUUCGGAGAAUGAAAGAAAGAUACGCAAUUACAGAGCUUAGAAAACAGGCAAACAGAAUGAAUUUUGGUGAGAUAGAAGAAGAUGCUUAUCAGGACGAUUUAGGAUUUAGUUUAGGUCAAGUCGGAAAAUCCGGAACUGGCAGAAUAAGAGCUCCCCAGAUUGACGAAAAGACCAAAGUCCGAAUAUCCAAGACCCUACAGAAAAAUCUUCAAAAGCAACAAGUGUGGGGAGGCAGCACCUCCGUCAGGAGACAGAUUUCUGGAACGGCAUCCAGUGUGGCAUUCACGCCACUUCAGGGUUUAGAAAUUGUAAAUCCUCAAGCCGCAGAAAAGAAAUUGAACGAGACCAGUGGAAAAUACUUUUCCAACACUUCAGGCUUUUUUAAAGUUGAAAAGAAGAAAUAAUUGAUGUAUCAUAACACCUGUGACAUACCUCGACUACACUUAUGUUCAUUUUCUGAGAAAGAUCUCCAUUCUGAUUUGUAGGAAGAGAGUAAUAUGUACACCUCUAUUUGCGAUCUCAUUUCCUGAAAAUUUAAAUACUUACCAAAUCAAAAUAUU